AUGCUGUCAGAGGUGGUGGGUCCGGCUUCCAUGGCAGAAAGCCCUGCUCUGUAUCCCCCAUUAUGGGACGUUAGCCCCGGUCGGUUCCAGGACUACCUUUUUGAGGCAGAAAGAUUCGUCAUCAACCCCUGGAACUAUUUGGAGAGAAUGGGAAUGUACAAGACCUUACUAAGCCAGUCUGCUAGGUACCUUGCUGAUCUGGGUCCAAAUAAUGAGGAAAAUAUGCUCUGGGGGCUGCCUCUCCAGCACGGCUGGCAGUUCCAUACAGGGAGAUUGGCUGACCCGACCAACGUCACUACCUGUGGCUAUGAAGCUGGUGAUCCCCUCUGCAUAUCCGAAGAAAGCUGGUGGGCCUGCAUGAAUUAUCAUCUUUGUACAUUUCCUGUCCUUGCUGCCGUGGAUGCCGGAAUAAUGGGAGUUUCAUCAAAUCAAGUGCAACUAUUGCCACCACAGAAUGACCAGGAGAAUUUCUGUUAUAAUGUGUCUGACUGUGAGUCAGCCUUCCCAGAAGUUAUGAAUAAAUGGAAAGUGUUUUAUAAGUCUGUAGUAUCAUCUGAGUCUUCUGAGCAGCCUGCAGAAAGGAUGGAUAACCUGUUAAAACUCAUGUGGGACGCUCAUGUGGAAACUCUUGAAGCUGGCGGAGUGAGAUGUGCAGCAAAAUUGCCGUAUUAUGACCCACCUGAAUAUGAUUUUGGGAACAGCUGGGUCACUGCAGUGGACUUUCUCUCCUCUCUCCGCUUCCCAACCACACAACGGCAAACGGCCGCAUUCCAGAGAAGCCUCCCCCCACGAUUGCUCUUGUCGGCGGAUUCCGCCCCGUUCAUACCUGAUUUCACCCCCAUGCAGAAUCAAGUCCUGUUUGUGCUAAACUCUCUUCACCAAAUGAACACAGCCUCAGAUUACGAUUGGUCCUGUACUUUAGAUGGUUACUUUAUUGCUAACCAAACUGGGUUGGAGCAUUUUUUGAAAUGUGUUUCUGCUAAAGGAAGAUGCCAAAUUCCUUGGCAGAGAGAUUAUUUCAAACCGAAGAAGAUUCAGCAAAGGCAGCAUAAAAUAUCCUACAAUGAUUUUAGAGCUCGUUUUGGAUUAGAAGGAACAGACACACUGGGAAACAAGUUGUUGAAGCUUUGGAGACUAGCAAUGAAAUUCAAAACGAUGAGAGAAAUGGCACUGAAACUUCUCAAUCUGAUUAAUUCAAGUCAAGAUUUACCUUCUGAGCAAGUUUCCGUGGAAAUAACAUUAACAGAAUCUUGCAUUGAAGUGAAAGCUCUAAAUUUAGCAUUUAAAGAGUUUUGA